AUGUGUGCAUGGUUUAUGUUUGCAUCUUCAAAGUGGACCCUCAAACUGUUCGCAUACUACUGGACCGCACGGUCCAAAUUUGUUGUGCCAACCAAGGCAAAGUGCAUGGGAGACAAAGCAUACUACCCAGGAUGUUCAAUUCUGCCGGCGAGACCAAGUAGUGGCAUUUCUUAUGCAUGGCGCAGCAUACUAAAGGGUGUUGAGCUGCUGAGAAAAGGAAUCAUAUGGAGAGUUGGGAAUGGCAAGGAUAUUGACAUAUGGAGUGACCCAUGGAUUCCGAGAGGUAACACCAGAAGGGUCGUCUCCCAUAGGGGCAAUAAUUUGAUAACUAAAGUCAGUGAGCUAAUUAACCCAAUCACCAACAAAUGGGACGAAGAACUAGUGAGGCAAACUUUUACCCCAGAAGAUACAAAGUGUAUCCUUCAGAUCCCAAUCCAAGAUCAUCUCGAGGACUUCACGGCAUGGCACUAUGAUAAAAAAGCUGAAGAAGAUGGUGGAUUUGACUGGCUUAAACUAUGGACAAUGCCCCUCCCAAACAAAGUGCUCCAUUUUUUAUGGAGGCUAGCAACCAAUAGCUUACCAUUGCGAACAAAGCUACAAAACAGAGGUACAGGAGAAAGGGAAGGGGAUAGCCCAACAGCCAAAGCAAAAGUGGACAAGAGCAGCUUCAGGAAUAUUGAAGAUCAACACUGAUGCAGCUUUUCACAGGAUUUCCAAUGAUGGAGGUUGGGG